ACAAAUUCCCUGACCGUCGGAUUUCAGACGUACUCAAGGCUGUGGUUCUCUAACAAUCAGUGUGCGAAAUAAAGUCGCAACUGAGAAUACAUCCGGUCAGUCGCCAUCCGGUUUCUGAACUCCAUUCUCUAGAAGGACGCUAGUUCCUCCAUGUCUACAUCCACGGCCGAAGCGAUUGCCGGUGUACAGGCUGGCGUAGUACAGAGUUACAUCAUCAUGGCGUGUACAGUAUUUGCCAUGUAUGAUUAUCUGCUUACUGUGGGCAGCGACAUCACUCUCUUAUGGCUGCAGCGUGCACCAUUUGGCAUGACCGUGCUCAUGGGCUUGAUACGAUUCACCGCGAUUGGCAUGUCAAUUACCCUGUUGGCGUCCAUUCUGUACUUACCGACUUUGGGAAAUUGCCGCGAUAGCUACGUCAUCUCCUCAGCAUUCGCUCUGUUCCCGAAUGUACUGGAUGCAGUGAUUUCGGCGAUUCGCGCUUACGCAGUCAGCAACCGUAGCUUGGUGUGGGCUGCGACAGUGUUCGCGACAGACAUAUUUACGGUUAUCGUCAAUGUGUACAACAUAGCUACAACCCAAUAUCAGUUAGUGGACGUCGAUGGUACCUGGGUCUGCAAAAUUAUGGCCCAGUUCGUAGGUAGCACAGCUGAAAAAGUGACGCUUGUUGGAUCCAUUUUCAAUGUACUCUCGCAAGCCAUCGUUGCCGGUCUCACCUGGUCAAGACUGCUAUUUCUUGUACAACGGUCUGUAAAGGACGCUCGAGUCAAUCCAAGGUCGUUCAGCAUCUCAUGGUUCUUUCUCCGAGACGGUACUGUCUAUUUCAUGCACGUCCUACUCCGCCCAUCUACACAUGCUGUGUUCUUAUAUACCCUUGUUGCUAGAGCAAUGUUGCUUCUGCAGCUCGUCUACUGUCUACUCACAUAUCUUGCGGUGCGAUCGUACUAUGACUAUUCGUCGGUUUGCAUCCUCAUCAGCCUUACGUCAGGAUGUGGUUUUUUUCAACAUGUUCUCUCAAUCGAUACAGAUAGUCUUAUUGUCGCGGCUCCUCCUCAAUCUCCGGAAAGCCUCUAUCAGAGACAUCAAUCCGGACGAAUCAGGCUCCACGAUUUCCCGUAUGCUGGACGACCUCACCCACGUAUCAAGCAUCACUUUCGAACCUCAUCCUGGUCUCGCAGCGGCUGCACACGCUACCCGCGGUGACACCGAAGAAUAUGAAAUGGACAUGAUGAACGAUCUAGACAAUGACGCCGACGACACGGAUCAGGCGAAUGCCUACGGCGAUACGGAUAUUCAGGAAGAGCCACGGUAGAAUGGGUAGCACCUCCAUCUUCUUCGCUCUAUGUGCGCAUUCCUGUACGGUACGGGUGUGGGGUCUGUCACCGCUUCAAAAUCAAUGCCGAAAGUAUUUAUUCAUUCUUCUUGAAACCCUUUGGCUCGGUGCGAUGCCCCACGUGUAC